AGCUGAUAACACGCUCGCUCGCUUUUCUCCUCGUAAGUGAUCCAUUUCUAGGCAACGUGCUGGUUGGUGCUGGAGCUGCCAGCUCUCUCUGCAUCCCACCAGCAAAGCAAGCUCUGAAGCAUCCUGCGGACCAUCAGCUGCUUCUCUCUGCUUUGCUCCAGGCACUGCUUCUCUGUCUCCUGCCCUGUCCAACCACUACCUUGCGCGACAGACACAGCACGCUGGGCUUGAUUUGCAGAUUUCUCCACCAGUUGUGGGAAGCAAUUUUUAAGCAGGGGGUGGGGGAAAAUCUCUGCAUUACUAUCUGCAUUACCUUGAAUUUCACUUUAUUUUUUGGCCUGGGGGGGCUUUUCCUGCAGGAAUCUGGCUUCUAGAACUGGGAUGUCCUAUUUACUUGAUACCCCGCUCCGCCUCCUUCCUUACUGAAGGCGUUAUUUGUUGCGGGCUCCCGGGCUCUGGGGCCAAGAGGGGUUUUUUGUGUAUGUGUGCGCGCGCGCGCGGUGUGUGUGUGUGGUGGGUUGGAAGUUGUUGUGCAGGAGCCGGGACUGAGCGGAUCCCUGGACCCUGCGGAAGGAUGGAGGUGGUCUGACGAAGAGAGGCGCCUGCUGCCCAGAGAAGCAAUCGGGCUGGAUGGAUUUGCUGCCCGAACUAACAGCAGCUGUGGUCGCUGUGCCCAGAAGCCCCCCGAAGUAACGCGGGGCUCUUGCGAAGGAGAGGGGCGCCCCAAACCCUGGGCUCUCCCAUCAGCCGCUGUACACAGGCAAUCGGGAUUUAAACUGUGCUCCUGCAUCUCCAACUCUUGGGCUUGCUGCGCUGUCCUUCACUAUCCUCCUCGUAAGAAGAGAUCUGCCACUCUUCUAAAAAAACAAAAAACCUAAACCCCAGGAGGACAUGGAAGUUUUCUCUCUCAUCUUGGUUGUGUCUGUCUGGUGGAUUCGAACCUGGGAAACGGCGAUUGCAGAUUCAAUCAUACAUAUAGGGGCAAUUUUUGAUGAAUCUGCCAAAAAGGAUGAGGAGGUGUUUCGUAUGGCAGUUGCUGACCUCAACCAGAAUGAUGAAAUCUUACAGACAGAGAAAAUCACGUGUUCUGUGACAUUUGUGGAUGGCAACAACCCAUUUCAGGCCGUUCAAGAAGCAUGCGACCUUAUGAACCAAGGCAUCCUGGCCCUUGUCAGCUCCAUUGGCUGUACGUCGGCGGGAUCCUUGCAGUCCCUGGCAGAUGCCAUGCACAUCCCUCACCUCUUCAUCCAGCGUUCAACAGCUGGGACUCCAAGAAGUGGCUGUGGCCUCACCAGGAGCAAUCGAAAUGAUGACUACACACUGUCUGUCCGCCCACCCGUCUAUGUAAAUGAUGUUAUAUUGAGGGUAGUCAUGGAAUAUGCCUGGCAGAAGUUCAUUAUUUUCUAUGAUAACGAGUAUGAUAUUCGUGGAAUACAAGAAUUUUUGGACAAAGUAUCCCAGCAGGGAAUGGAUGUAGCACUGCAGAAGGUAGAGAAUAACAUCAAUAAAAUGAUCACAGGACUCUUUGCCACCAUGCGAAUAGAAGAACUGAACCGCUACCGGGACACUCUGAGACGGGCCAUUCUUGUAAUGAACGCAUCAACAGCCAAGUCCUUCAUUACAGAGGUUGUGGAGACUAAUUUGGUUGCUUUUGACUGUCACUGGAUCAUUAUAAAUGAGGAAAUAAAUGAUGUGGAUGUGCAGGAGCUAGUGAGAAGGUCAAUUGGAAGGUUAACAAUUAUUCGACAGACAUUUCCAGUCCCACAGAACAGCAGUCAACGCUGUUUCCGUGGCAACCACAGAAUAUCUUCAUCACUGUGUGAUCCGAAGGACCCUUUCUCCCAGAACAUGGAGAUUUCAAACCUCUACAUAUAUGACACUGUGCUUUUGUUGGCUAAUGCUUUUCAUAAGAAGCUAGAGGACCGGAAGUGGCACAGCAUGGCUAGCCUGACUUGUAUCAGAAAGAAUUCCAAACCUUGGCAAGGAGGGCGAUCCAUGCUGGAUACCAUCAAGAAGGGUGGAGUGAAUGGCUUGACUGGAGAACUGGAAUUUGCAGAAAAUGGGGGGAAUCCGAAUGUCCAUUUUGAAAUUCUAGGGACCAGUUAUGGAGAAGAUCUUGGCAGAGGCAUCCGCAAGCUUGGCUGCUGGAAUCCUCUCACUGGUCUGAAUGGGUCACUAACAGACAGAAAACUGGAGAACAACAUGCGUGGGGUGGUUCUGCGUGUGGUGACUGUGCUGGAGGAGCCAUUUGUGAUGGUGUCCGAAAAUGUUUUGGGAAAACCGAAAAAAUACCAGGGUUUCUCUGUUGAUGUCUUGGAAGCCUUAGCUAAUUACCUUGGCUUUAAAUAUGAAAUUUAUGUUGCACCAGAUCACAAGUAUGGAAGCCCCCAGGAGGAUGGGUCAUGGAAUGGACUGAUCGGAGAACUAGUAUUUAAGAGAGCUGACAUAGGGAUUUCUGCUUUAACCAUUACCCCUGAUCGGGAAAAUGUGGUAGAUUUCACAACCCGUUACAUGGACUACUCAGUGGGUGUGCUACUUCGAAAAGCUGAGAAGACAGUGGACAUGUUCGCCUGUUUGGCACCAUUUGACCUCUCCCUGUGGGCCUGCAUAGCUGGCACUGUGCUUCUGGUAGGACUACUGGUCUACCUUUUGAACUGGCUCAACCCACCACGCCUGCAGAUGGGAUCAAUGACUUCUACAACGCUGUACAACUCCAUGUGGUUCGUUUAUGGAUCCUUUGUGCAGCAAGGAGGAGAAGUUCCUUAUACAACACUGGCAACCCGAAUGAUGAUGGGCGCCUGGUGGCUUUUUGCUUUGAUUGUCAUCUCAUCUUACACAGCAAAUCUAGCAGCUUUUCUCACAAUUGCUCGCAUUGAGAACUCCAUCCAGUCUCUCCAGGAUCUCUCCAGGCAGACGGAUAUUCCUUAUGGCACUGUCUUGGACUCUGCAGUCUAUGAGCAUGUUCGAAUGAAGGGGAUGAAUCCUUUUGAGAGGGACAGCAUGUAUUCUCAAAUGUGGCGGAUGAUUAACAGAAGUAACGGCUCAGAGAAUAAUGUGCUGGAGUCACCAGCAGGCAUUCAGAAGGUGAAAUAUGGGAACUACGCCUUUGUGUGGGAUGCAGCAGUUCUGGAAUACGUGGCCAUCAAUGAUCCAGACUGCUCCUUUUACACAGUUGGGAACACUGUCGCAGACAGGGGAUAUGGAAUUGCACUCCAGCAUGGCAGCCCCUACAGAGACGUCUUCUCGCAAAGGAUUUUAGAACUUCAGCAAAAUGGAGACAUGGAUAUACUGAAGCAUAAAUGGUGGCCAAAGAAUGGUCAGUGUGACCUAUACUCAUCAGUGGAUACCAAACAGAAAGGAGGCGCCCUGGACAUAAAGAGCUUUGCAGGGGUAUUUUGUAUCCUGGCUGCUGGGAUUGUCCUCUCCUGUUUCAUUGCAAUGCUGGAAACAUGGUGGAAUAAAAGGAAAGGCUCCCGGGUUCCAUCAAAAGAGGAUGACAAGGAAAUUGACCUGGAACAUCUUCACAGACGUGUUAACAGCCUCUGCACAGAUGACGACAGCCCCCAUAAACAGUUUUCCACCUCAUCAAUUGAUUUGACCCCACUGGACAUUGACACGUUGCCCACACGCCAAGCACUGGAGCAAAUCAGUGACUUCAGGAACACUCAUAUCACCACGACAACCUUCAUACCAGAACAGAUCCAGACUCUUAGCCGUACGCUGUCAGCUAAAGCCGCUUCUGGUUUCUCCUUUGGCAACAUGCCUGAGCACCGAACUGGCCCUUUUAGGCACAGGGCGCCUAACGGGGGCUUUUUCAGAAGUCCUAUCAAAACAAUGUCAUCUAUCCCAUACCAACCAACUCCUACUCUGGGGCUCAAUAUCGGUAAUGACCCAGAUCGAGGCACCUCCAUAUGAGCUUCAGACCAAGCUUCUUCAUUGUUUCUUUUUAGGACUCCCUUUGCAAGGAGCAGCUGUAAUAUUGUGGGACUAACAUGGAUGUAACUUUUAAAAAAAAAAAUCAGGAUUCUUAGUAACAACUCACUAUUUCUCCUCCUGUCCCCUGCUUUCUCUGUCUCCUCCUCCUCUUCUCGUCACCUGUUUCUUUAAAAAAAAAAAUCCCACUAGUUUUAUAUUAGUACACUUUUCAUAUACUUUAAGUAUAAGAAAUGUGCACUGAAUAUGGAUAAAAGAUAGUUAUUUCACAGAAGGGUGUUUGUAUCUCCUCUCUUUCCCCAUUUUUUAUAUAAUUGCAAUAACUUCAAUCCUUUACAUUUGUUCUGCUGCAUCCAUUCAGUGCUCCGCUGCUGUUGUGUGUCCUUUUAACUGUGGACCAAAGGCAAACCCUGCAGUAAAACAAAUUAAAAAAAAAAGGAAAAAAGGAACAAAAACAUUCAGGCCACAUAAUAUGAGAAUGCAAUUUUGUAGGAUUACAAAAAGCCAUUACUAUGCCACUAAAGACUACAGUUAAAUCUACUUUUGCACUGCAACAGUGCAUAUGACCUUUAUGUGAUUGUACAGUGUUAAGUUUUUCUUAUGUACAGUAAACUGUAUCAUAUGGCAGAAGCCUCUGUUGUGUUAAUUAGUAUCACAUAAAUAUAUAUACAUAUGUAUGUGUGUAUAUAUAUCUAUAAAAUGGCAGCCGUUGCAAUUGCAAUUCAUUUAAUAAAGCUUUAGUAAAAAUGUGUUGUAUACAGGAAACUAUACAGUGCAGGGGGUCUUUGUUUAGAAAAGAGAUUGGCUUUAAUAUUAUUCUGACUUGUAUUGUUUGCCAACAGAGCUUAUUUUAUACUUUUUUAUUAGAACAUCUGGGUUAAUUUAAUGUUUGUACCCAGAUGUAACUCAUUUGAUUAGAUUUUGCAUUGGCUAUGCAGCAGUGUAUAAGGCUAAACUUGGUAACUUUACUUUUAAUUAAUUUAACCAAUGGAAAACUCUCUUAGGUAAACCACAUCCAUGGAUAACUAAUACAGCUCUAGAGAAGUUUAACUGGAGAUCAUAGAAGGUUAAGAAAUUCUUUUCCAAAUCAGUACCAUCAAAUCAAUACAAUAAUGGUGUUACUGGGACAAAAAACCCUUGAGAAAUAUUGAUGUGGCCUUAAAUAAAGUCAUAUUAUGCUAAGAAAAAAAUGGAUUGAGCUAUUAUUUUAACCCUUACUAUAUUCAUUUAUAUUCAGGAGAGCUGUGUAAUUUUUAUAUUGGUGCCAGCUGUAUAGAAUGAUGAAAGAACAGCAAUGAGAGCAAAAACAGUGCCUGCUUUGGCACAGGCUUCUUGAAGUAACAUUCUUAUCUGUUAGAAAUGUAGAAUGAGCUUUCAGUUUGUAAUCCUUAAAACCAGAAAUGUUGUUAAGUAGAAAACAAGCAACUUAUCCCAUGUUGAGUUCUUUGUUUUUGUUAGUUUGUUUUUUUUGGUUUUUUAUGCAACCAUACAUUUAUGUUAACCUAACCGAUUCUAUGGCUAGAACUGAUAUAGGAAUCAGCCUAUGUGAUUUGCUUUAGGGGAAAUUAAAAGGUAUAUUCUUCAGCUCUAUUCUAUUUUGAUGCUAAUUCUGUUCUGGAGGAGCAUCUUGUACUGUCAAUGUUUUUGUACUAAAUCUUCAAAUAUUGUCUACUGUGUAAGGCAGAACAAUUUCUUAUCAUGCAAAUAGCCAUUUUGUUUCCAGGGUAGCAAGUGUCUAAAAGCAUGCACAACUUGUUUCCCCUUGUAACAUUCAUGAACUCAUACACAACUCUGAUUUCCAAAAAAAAAAAAAAAAAAGAAAGAAAAAUUUCUUUACAAGCUAUGUAGGGACAUACCAGAUGUUGCAGUGAUUUUAGCUAUAAACAAACUGUUAACCAUGUACACUAUUUAAAAUAGGCCUAUUUUGAUGUGUUGCCUAUUAUACAAAUACACAACACUUUUUGGAGGCCUCAGUUACA